AUAAAAAUUAGCGAGUUUUUGUGGAUAACUUUUAUCUAAACUGCCAGAACUUAACCUAAACGACGCCGCUCCGUCUCGCUUUUCUCUAGCUAGCGGUUUCAUCAGAUACCAAACAGUUUCUACCUUCCUUGAUCAAUCAAUCCACCAUUACAAGAAGCAGGGAGCAACUUUCGAACCAUGCCCACGAACGACGGUUUCUCAGGUGUUUCGAAUUGUUAUGUAUUCAAGAGCCGAUUACAGGAAUAUGCUCAAAAAUUGGGACUUCCUACGCCUGUUUAUGAGACUACCAAGGAAGGCCCAUCUCAUGAGCCUUCAUUCAGAUCUUCCGUUGUUGUGGACGAUGUCAGAUACGAUUCUUUGCCAGGUUUUUAUAAUCGUAAGGCAGCGGAGCAAUCAGCUGCUGAAGUUGCACUUAUGGAAUUAGCAAAACUUGGUCAAGUGAAUCAUUCCAUCUCUCAGCCUGUUCAUGAAACAGGUUUUUGCAAAAAUCUACUUCAGGAAUAUGCACAAAAGAUGAAUUAUGCUAUUCCAAUGUAUCAGUGCCGAAAGGAUGAUGCACCAGGACGAGUGCCUCAUUUUUCAUGUACCGUUGAAAUUGGAGGCAUUCAGUAUAUUGGUGCUGCAGCAAGAACAAAGAAAGAAGCGGAGAUCAAAGCUGCCAGAACUGCACUAUUAGCCAUCCAAUCAAGUGCAUCUGAGUUAUGUGGCAAUCCAGUUGGCAACUCUCAGUUAACUGUAAUUCCCUGCAGGAAGAGGGGAACAGAGUCAGUUGAUAAACCUGAGGUGGACGAGAAUGUAAAUGUUCCAAAGCCAAAGAAAGCUCGAUUCAAAAAGAAAACGUUGAAUAAGUUUUCUGGAGACAAAACAGGUCGUAUCCAAGUUCAAGGUACCAGCAACAUGGUUCUUAAUGUGGCUGCUAAUUUGGAUGGAUCACAAAUGGGUCAAACUAAUGCAUCUGGGAUUCAAGUUGUUGGUUCUUGGGCUAUGUCUACAGAAGCAGCUAGGAAUUUCCAAGGAGGGAGAUUGGACAUUGAACCAACUAAGGGGGAAACAUUUGCUGGGAAAGAUCCUUCCACUCAAAAUGGGCAUUCAACAGCCACAAGAUGUAACCAGAGUGUUCAUGAGGCAACUGGAUAUUCAUCAGUUGUAAACUCUAACCAAAGUGGUUCUGAGGGUCUGAGUGGGGCAAUGUCUUAUGGAGAUGCACCUGCUUUGGCGAAGGAGGAGAAAGAGCCUGGUGUGCAAUCAACAUUUGCAAAUUCUAACGAAAACAGCGGUGAAGCUAUAACCUUGGUAACAUCUUUUUCUUAGGGUGAUACAACUGUUUUGGCUAAGGAGGUAAAUGAGACAACUAGAGUCGAGCAGGUGUCUCCACCAGUAAUAACAAUCCCAUUCUGAGCCAGAUGUAGUCUUCAUGUUUCAUUCCUGGGAUAAAAUAACAGGAUGAAAUAAAUCAAGCAGAUUUAGCUGGAGCAAUAGUAUCUCAAUGAAAUAGCUUUCCUCUUAAUGCUUGAAUUUUGUUUUGCAGUUAGGAAAGGUGAUGGAUGAGGGUGUAUCCAGAUAUUGAAAUGUAAUAGGUUUUACGGGAGUUGAUUGGCAUCAUGGACCAUAUAUCUGAAUAUUAGACGUCAUUUACUUGUUAUCUUUUGUACGCUAUAUUGGCUUCA